AUGCUCACAACCGUCACACAACUCACAGGACAAGCACUGAUGCACAGCUUCUGAAGACCUGAGGAACAACAAGGCACUUGCAUAUCAACAGAAACGCACACGACUGGAAGAGCAAUACCUGGAACUGCUUGAACUGACGUCACAGAUUUUGCUGGACACACUGCUUGGGGGCUUCCAAAAGGAGCUGUCCACAAUGCUGGCUGUCCUAGAGCAAUGGGAGGAUGACACCGGCUGCCAUAGAGACAACAUGGGGCUUUACAUAUUACUUGUGCUCUCCAAGUUUGGAUUGGAUGUCUAUGCAUUGUGGUUGUAUAACCGCACUCGACUGCACACCUCCUUGCUGGGCAUGUUCAGCCUGACCAUCGUCCUUGCUGAUCUGGUGAUGGCUUUUUUUAUGGUCACCAUGUGGUUACUUGGACCUGAAAGGAUCUCCGCUUGCUUCUUGAUGGCUUUUGCAUCGGCCACAUAUGGAACACUGCCGCUGCCUAUGGUGUGCCUGUGUUUGUUAGACUAUUGCUUAGAAGAUACCUGGAGAACCUCCUACAAGGCUCUCAAGAACAUCACAGUGACACUUCUAGUGUGGACAUUUGCAGGUGUAUACUCCUACAUUUCUGUGAAUAUGGAGCUCAUGGAGCUGACGUACGCGGCUGGCAAAAAGGCUCUGGUCUGUGAGAUUCAGGACACAACAAUGAUCACCUACUUCCUUUUGGGUCUCCUUGGCAUAAUGAUUUGUUCAAUGCUGCCCUUCUGCUCUCGGAUUCUGCUGUGGAUGUGUGAAGCCAGGAGGUUGUACAAAGCAAGGGAGAAUCAAGAGAAUCAGUGGAGCGACCUGCACACAUCAAUCAAACCCUCCCAGUUGACAAUGUCAGAGGAGAUUUAUUAUCUAGGAAAGACUACCGCACCACGACCUCCACUGUGGUUCAGUCUAAUGUUGGGCUUUGGUGUAUACUGGAUGCCUUAUCUUGUUAUCACUGCAGCCUGCCUAGUUCUUGGCUUCUGGGUACCCGCCUACAUCGCAGUGAACCUACUGUGGUUGGAGUGCACCGAUAGUGUCAUGGUGGCUGUGAUGUUCUGGGCAAAGAGCCCCACACAAGGGCCUUACGCAAGAGUAUCACAAAAUGUGUGCUCAUGGGAAGUGUACUGGCAUUUGAGCAACGGCGCACACAACAGUGAUACAAUGAUAUAUACACUCUCACAUGUUUAAGACAGUGGAACCUGCUUAUGUCAACGCUCCUCAGACUGGUUGACGUCAACAUACACCAUAAACCGCCGACAUAACCAAAACUGAAACUAACCAUCGCUUGCGCAUUUACUUGUGACUCACUAGAAAUGAUAAUAAAGGAUUUUUUUUUAACCUAUGUCAGUUUGUUGACAGUUUCCUUCAAUUUGUGCAUAUUUUUAUUAGAGGUGGGAAUCUCUAGCCACCUCACGAUUCGAUGCAAUUACAAUUCAGAGGCCUGCGAUGCGAUGAUAAAACGAUUAUCGGUGUAUCGUUUUUUGUGAUCAAUAGUUUGUCAAUUUUUUUAUGUGUAAUUUUUUCUCUAUAUAAUUUAUUUUUACUCACUGUGUACUACUAAAACAAAGCAUAUUUGUAAUGAUCCACAAAUAAAAUAAAACAUUAAUUUACUUACAUUAUCUUAAUAACUGGAAGGUUACAUCUACCAACAUAUAUCCCAUUGUACAGAACCAGCAGGAGAGUAAAUUUCAGUGUAUAUAAAAAUAACUAACUUCAGUAUAUUCUGAAUAACCAACAUAAAAAAAAAUCUGCCAUUAUUCAUAAAUAAAUAUUAGACUUCUGAAUUCAAACAAAAAUCCUGAGCAAAGAAUAUCUGACAAAAAAUAAUAUUUUUGCUGUAUAGCAAAGUCAAAAACAACUUUCAUGCAAAAUAUAGAUUACUGUACCAGCAGCUCUCAUACAAGAAUAAUGCUUGCAGACUUCAGUAUAUUAUGAAUAACGAAAAAAACUAGACUGCCCUUGUUCACAAAUAAUACAAGAAAUACAAAUGCAUAGGCCACAAGAAAUCAACAUGCUUCUACAACAUUAUUAAACAGCUCAGCCAUAUUCGUACCCGUAUGGCUCUCAUUCAUUCCUCUUGUUUGGAGCACAUGAGACGCUAGCUUCCAGUCAUCAGUAAUGAAAUGCGCCAAACCAGCCGUGUGGAAGUACUUCUGCAUUGUAAAUUAUAAUAGUCCUACAGCCGCUUGUAAUGUCUACAAAAUUACAAUUUCAAAGUAUUAGCAAUACCACAAUGUUAAUAUUUCAUUUGAGGACCAAACAUAAAACAGGUACAAGUACAAGUACAAACAGGUUUGUAAGGCCACCGAUGAAAAGGCUGCUACGCCAAAGCAACAAACUCUGGACAGAUAUCCAAAGGAGAGCGAACAGGCAAAGCGGAUCACUUAAAAGGUAGGCAAAAUUAUUGCUUCAGAAAACCAGCCUAUCUUUGUUGUGGAUUGUGGAGUUUUGCCGUCUUUUUCCUUAUCCACUAUGGGUGUAACGGUUCAUCCACUACAUCGACACAUCAAUUUAUAUUCCUAUGAUCCAAUUACAUCGAAGUUUCCAUUCUAGAUGACAUAUAUAGAUUUAACAUCGUUUAAAAGGUAAUAAAUGGACUGAAUCGAUACUCAGAAAUAAAGCAUUGAAAUUAAGCAAGGCAGGCUUUAUUUGGAUGUGGGUUUUUUAGCACUUUUAAUGGUAAACACAUUAAACGUUACUUGUGUAACAGUUUGACCUGUCAUGCCUGUUGAAUAGGGCAGAUGACGUCAUGUAAAGGCGACUAUUGUGGUUACUAAGGGUUACAGUGUGGUUGGUACAUGUGCAGUGGAAUAAACUGAGUCGAUACGUCCUCUCCGAAGUGCACAAGUUUGUGAGUUUUUGUCCUAUAAAGAGUGACUCUAGAUGCCCUACACGCUACACUCGAUUCAGCCUGCCUGUGAUGUCA